AUGAAGUUCACCACUGCCACUCUCUGCGCUGGCGCAGCUGCCCUUGCCGCCGCUGCCCCCAGCAAGACCAUCAACCGCCGUGCCGACUUCUGCGACCAGUGGGGCAGCGUUGAGACCGGCUCCUACAUCGUCUACAACAACCUUUGGGGCCAGGCCAACGCCGACAGCGGCUCCCAGUGCACCGGCGUCGACUCCCUGAGCGGCGACACCCUUGCCUGGCACACCAGCUGGACCUGGACCGGCGGUGCCGGCCAGGUCAAGUCCUACGCCAACGUCGUCCUCAACAACAUCGAGCAGAAGCAGCUGUCUGCCAUCUCGUCCAUCCCCUCGACCUGGAAGUGGACGUACGCCGGCUCCGACCUGGUCGCCGACGUCGCCUACGACCUCUUCACCUCCUCGACCGCCGGCGGCGACGAGGAGUACGAGAUCAUGAUCUGGCUGGCCGCCCUCGGCGGCGCCGGCCCCAUCUCGUCGACCGGCUCCAAGAUCGCCACCACCACCCUCGGUGGCGUCAGCUUCGACCUGUACAAGGGCCCCAACGGCCAGAUGACCGUCUUCUCCUUCGUCGCCUCCUCCGAGGCCCAGAGCUUCAGCGCCGACCUCAUGGACUUCGUCGACUACCUGACCACCAACCAGGGCCUGCCCACCAGCCAGUACAUCAAGAGCAUCGGCGCCGGCACCGAGCCCUUCUCCGGCAACGACGCCGUCCUCACCACCUCUGCUUUCUCCGUCUCCAUGUCGUAA